GAAUGAGAGGAGAGGCUCGCAGGCAGCGCCGCGCCACUGUUCCGACUGGAUUGUACUUGAACGGGAGUUCGCGGUUUGGCAGGUUUAUCCACAUCAAAACAGAACAAAGAGACGGUGCUAUAAAAGAAGAGAGGGAGAGAGCAGCGGAGAGAAGAAAAGCGACUUGAAUUACAAAAGAAGUGAGGACGCUCUCCGCUUUUCCACAUCCAAGGCUGGACGUAAAAACUGGAGAAUUUCUGGAAGGAGGCUUUUUGUUUUUGUUUUGUUUGUUUGUGUUCUUUUUCUUUCUUUCUUUCUGAAAGUUUGUUUGGGACGCUUCCGAUUUGAAUUUUAAUGUCCGCGAUCUCGGUGCGAAACUUUCACCCACGGACUGCACAUGGUUUCAAAGGGCUUUCGGAGGAGCUGGGGUGUCUUUCCACGUCGUCCACGCUGAACACUCUCAGCUAGAAUGUUGUAAAUACACGCGGAUUUGUUCCAGCCGCUCCUCUGCGUCUUUCAGCGCAUCCAAAGAAGAAGAAGAAGAAGAAACUGCACAGACUUUUAAAAAGACUGAAUAAUUCAUGAGAUACAAUUUGCCUGCUGGAAAGAAGUGACUGUAAAAAAAAAAAAAAAAAAAAGGGAGGGGAGUUAUCCACAAAUAUAUUCAUAAGGGUUGACGGGAUGGCCACCGCGGCUUCCAAUCCUUAUCUGCCCAGCAAUAGCAUCUUAUCGUCCGGCUCCAUCGUGCACUCUGACUCCGGGGGCGGCGGCAUGCAGCCCGGCAGCGCCGCGGUCACCUCCGGGUCCGGAGGUUACAGGGGAGACCCCACGGUCAAGAUGGUGCAAAGUGACUUUAUGCAAGGCGCCAUGGCAGCGAGCAACGGGGGGCACAUGCUGAGCCAUGCCCACCAGUGGGUGACGUCUUUGCCGCACGCCGCGGCGGCCGCAGCCGCGGCCGCGGUAGCCGCGGCCGAGGCCGGCUCGCCCUGGUCGUCCAGCCCGGUCGGGAUGACCGGCAGCCCGCAGCAGCAGGACGUCAAGAGCUCCGCCAGAGACGAUCUGCACACGGGCACCGCGCUGCACCACAGGCCGCCUCACUUAGCCCCGCACCACACGCACGCCGGGGCGUGGGGGAGCACCACGGCGGCGCACAUUAACUCCAUCUCCGGCGGGCAGCAGCAGCAGCAACAGCAGUCGCUCAUCUACUCGCAGCCGGGGGGCUUCACUGUGAACGGCAUGCUGAGCCCCGGCAGCCAGAGCCUGGUGCACCCCGGCCUGGUGCGGGGGGACACCCCGGACCUGGAGCACGGCAACCACCACCACCACCACCACCACCAGCACCCGCACCACCAGCACCACGCCGCCGUCAACAGCCACGACCCGCACUCGGACGACGACACGCCGACGUCGGACGACCUGGAACAGUUCGCCAAGCAGUUCAAGCAGCGGCGGAUCAAGCUGGGCUUCACGCAGGCGGACGUGGGCCUGGCGCUGGGCACGCUGUACGGAAACGUGUUCUCGCAGACCACCAUCUGCAGGUUCGAGGCGCUGCAGCUCAGCUUCAAGAACAUGUGCAAGCUGAAGCCGCUGCUGAACAAGUGGCUGGAGGAGGCCGACUCGUCCACAGGGAGCCCCACCAGCAUCGACAAGAUCGCGGCGCAGGGCCGCAAGCGCAAGAAGCGCACCUCCAUCGAGGUGAGCGUCAAGGGGGCCCUGGAGAGCCACUUCCUCAAGUGCCCCAAGCCGUCGGCGCAGGAGAUCAGCACGCUGGCGGACAACCUGCAACUGGAGAAGGAGGUGGUCAGAGUGUGGUUCUGCAAUAGGAGGCAGAAGGAAAAGCGGAUGACGCCGCCAGGAGUGGCGCAGACGCCGGAGGAUGUGUACUCUCAGGUCGGCAAUGGGCAUUUUUUAGUAGAUUACUUAAAAGAUGAAGCGAGCGACCAGAGGGUGACAACCACAAGUUCAUUCCACCAGAUAUGCGGGACUCCUGCCCUCCACAGGAAGAACCUGGGGGCCACAGGACCCGAGAAGUUCACCGCAGAGUUCAUCCAGAAGCAGGUGGAGGAGUUUGAGAUCGGGAAGCGGCACCUGGCCAACAUGAUGGGAGAGGAUCCCGAGAACUUCACUCAGGAGGACAUAGACAGGAGCAUCGCCUACCUCUUCCCCUCUGGCCUGUUUGAGAAGAGCGCUCGGCCCCUCAUGAAGCAUCCCGUCGAGAUCUUUCCGAAGCAGAGAGCGGUGCAGUGGGGACCAGAUGGACGGCCUUUCCACUUCCUGUUCUACACCGGCAAACAGUCCUACUAUUCCCUCAUGCAUGAUCUGUACGGCAGAGUUCUGAAGGUGGAGAAGCACCAGGACCAGCUGAGAGCCAAAGGACUGUUCCCGACUGAGCCCAAGCAGAUCGCUCUGGGAACCAGCAGGUGGCUGACCAAGGAAGAGCUGGAGGCGCUGCUGGUGGAGCCCAUCUCCAGUCAGGACUACGAGUGCUUCAUCCAGCUGAUGGAGCGCCUGCUGACCAUGCCCUGCUGCAGCCUGGAGCAGCAGUUCGUCAUGAACCACCGCCGGCAGCUGGAGGCCCAGUCCAUGCAUCAGGUGGUGCCGCCGCUGCAGAAGGACGAUGCCGGGGUGGAUUUCAGCACCGCAGAGGGCAGGAGGAAGACGUCCAAAGGAUCUGUGGUGGUUCGUGACUGCGGCGCAGGACGCCUCACUGUCAAUGGCCAAGACUACCUGCACUAUUUCCCUGUGCUGCAGGACAGGGAGCAGCUGAUGUUCCCGCUGCAGUUCUGUGGCCUGCUGGGCCGUUUCGACCUGGACUGCUCCGUGAGCGGCGGCGGCAGAUCCAGCCAGGCGGGGGCGCUGCGGCUCGCCAUCUCCCGGGCGCUGCUCAGCUUUCUGUCGCAAAGCGAAGGAGAGGCCAUGAGGCAAGCCGGUCUGCUGACCCCUGACCCCCGGGUUAGAGAGAGGAAGAAGCCCGGACAGGAGGGAGCGCGCCGCAAGUUCACCUGGAAGAAACGCUGAGGAUCCUCCGUCCCAGCUGCUGCAGUGACAUUAUCUGUCCACUAGAUGGAGACAGGCUGUAAAAUAUGAAAAUUUUUCCUGUUGUGAUUAAAUAAAUUAAAGAUUUUCUUAUAAAA